CAAACUUGCUCCCCACGAUGCACCAAAAUUCUAAAUAUCAGCAGCUCUCGCUAGUGCAGUUGUCAAAAUUGUGUUCAGUGGUCGGAAGAGAUUUGUUGUAUUUACAAGCUUAAAGCAAUGGACGAAAGCGCAGUUGUAACGAACGUUGCCACAAUUUUAGCUAAGGAUUUGUUAUUAGAUCGAAAUUUGAAGUUUCGCCCAAUUCCAUAUCCCGUGCAGCAGUUUUGGAACUUCUUAGAAGAUAAUGACGAAGGAAUGGACUAUUUCGUGUACAACAUGUUGCGGAAAAGGAAGGUGCGAACGUGCAGAAAUGGCCGAACGAGCAAAGUUCCUUUGGAUUCGGAAUCUACCGAAGGGAGUAGAUCUAUGCCAGACACCACAAUUACACCGGUUCCGCUAGUUAAAAGCCAGACGCAGAAAUUAGAGGUCAAUUUGCGAAUUUCUCAACUUUUGCCUCCUAAGGAUUUUGAGGGGAAUUUUCAUAUGAAAAAAGGAACUUUCAACGCUUUACUCGAAGUGCUCAGUCCACUCAUGAAAAAUCAGCUUCGUGAAAUCGACAACUCACUUAUAUCCAAGGAUACUUUUCUUUCGCUAGCACUAUGGAAGCUAAGCACAAGUCAACACUUUGAAGAAAUUUCCCAACGAUUCAAAAUCCCCGCCAAAGUAUGCCAUCAGAUCUCAGGAAAUUUUUGUGGAUUAAUUUCAAGUUUCAUCAAUACAUUUGUAAGCUGGCCCAACAUGCAACACAUCAUUGGUUUGACUACAUACAAACAAACACAAAUGCUUGGUGCAAUCGGGACCAAACACUUGGAUGUAUUUUUGGAAAGUGAAGACGAUGAAGUUGAUGUUAUUCUUCAACUGGUAUGUACAAGUGAUUUGAUCAUCAUUGACUGCUAUUUGGAACUCGCGUCGAAGUACUCAUGUCACAAUAGCCCGAUUUUGAAGAAGCUAGCGUCAACGUCUGAGCCUUUACCAAAUGGAUGUUAUCUGGUUGGUGAUAGCAAGUUCCCGUUGAUGUCAUCAUUAAUAACACCUUAUUCUGAUGCAAAAGACCAGAGAAAAAUUCAAUUCAAUCAAUAUAUUGAGAUGCAAACUAAAUCUGUACAAAAUACGAUUACUCAGAUGAUGCAUCGAUUCCAGUCAUUGUAUUCAUUGGAAGCUAAGGACUUACAAGAAAUGAAGAAAACUAUUGAGACUAUUUGCGGUUUAUACAAUUUUUGUCGAAGGUUCAACGAUAAUUGUAUUCCGAAGUUGUCAGAGUCGGGAGUACAAGAGGUGAAACUACCAAUGAAAGGGGAUGAAUCGAAUCCAAACGGUAUCCGGCGGAGAGAGCAAUUGCUUGAGAUAAUUUGCCCAUAAGACUGAACUAAGCUACACGUUGACUGAUUUACGCUCCAGUAACCUUAUUUUCAGUAUUUUCAAUGAUCUCAAUUAGGUUUAAGACUUGUUCACUUAUGAAACGUUUUUUUGCCAUUAAUAAAUCUGAAAAGUAAAAUAAAUUGUUUCUUGUAUAA